AUGUUCUCCAAGACCGCCGUCGCUAUCACCUCCUUCUUGGCCAUUGCCGAGGCCGUCAAGGUCACCAAGCCCGCCAAGGGUGACGACUGGGACCUGUCCAAGACCAACGAGAUCACCUGGGAGACCGUCUCCAGCGACCCCAAGAGCUUCGAGAUCGUCAUUGUCAACCAGUCCGGCUACCCCGAGGUCUCUGAGACCAUCGCCACCGUCCAGGCCGCCGAUGGCAAGUACGAGCUGAAGGGCGCCAAGGUCGCCGCCGGCGAUGCCUACCGCAUCAACCUCGUCUCCACCGACCCCCAGAACUCUGGUAUCCUGGCUCAGUCCAACGAGUUCAGCUUCACUGGCUCUGACGACUCCUCUUCCGCCUAUGCUUCUGGCUCCGCUACUGCGUCGGCCAGCGCCUCCGGCUCUGCUGCCACUGCCUCUGCCACCGGUUCGUCUUCCUCGGCCUCCGGCUCUGCGGCCACUGCCACCGUCACCCAGACCUCCUCCGGCCUGACCACCGUGACCACAGUGACCACCGGCUCUGCCACUGCCUCGGCCUCCGGAACCGCUGCCUCUAACGCCUCCGGCUCAGGUACCGCUUCCGGCACCGCCACUGGCUCCGCUGCCUCCGGUACUUCCACCUCUGCUCCCAGCAGCGCUUCCGCCAUCAAGUCCACCUUCGCCAUCUUUGGCUCCGUCGCCGUUGCCGCCUACAUGCUCUUCUAA